AUGGAUGAUCAACCACAACGGCCACCGCCACCACAAGAGAGAAAAAAGAGAAUAGCCACACAACUAAUUGACUGUCAAGAGCCACAAGAAAUUGAUUUCAAUCAUUUUGGUCUGCAUUAUGGGGAUAAACAAAUUAAGUUCGCCAAUGAGUGUGGAGUCCUCACUCAUUCGAUGAUUUCUAUCAAUUAUCAAACAUGGAAGAAAGUGUCGCAGGGUGAACUUGAGAUGCUGUGGUUAACUAUUAAAAGACGCUGGAAUAUUCAAAAUAACAAACGUAGAGGUGAUGUGCUUAAAAUUUGUAACAUUGCAUGGAAAUCCUACAAGAAGAGGCUAAUACGUGAUUUCAUGGCCAAUGGAAGAGAUCCAAUUCCAAUCUACCCAUAUCUAGACCCUGAUACAUGGAAAACCUUCAAAAAAGAGAGAUCUUCAAAGGAAUUUCAGAUAAUAAGUGAGAAAGAGAGAGCAAAUGCGAAGCUUCAAAAAAAUCCAACACGGUUAGGUCCACAUGGGUAUCGGGGUAGACAAGCUCAAUGGGAACAAGAGAUUGCAUCCGGAGGGUUGUCGGAAGAGUUAGCAUCAGAAUUGUGCAAGAUAAAAAGCCAGCGUUCAAAAGAUUUUGUCAUGGGUAGGCUAUCUAAAAAUGAGUCCGGAUCAUAUUAUGCACCACUCGGCAUGCAAGCAACACUGACUAAGCUUGCAGAGGUCGAAAGUCAGAUAUCCCGAGGAGAUUGGGUCCCUGAACCUGGAGAAGAUUCGUUGACAGCAGUGUUAGGAAGAGAGCAUCCCGUUCGGACUAGGGCAGUUGGUCACACUGUUGGCUUGAGAAAAGCCAUUCACGGGAUAGAUAAAAAGAAGAGGAAAAUGCGGAGCACUGGAUCAGAAUUGUUCUACUGGCUUGGUCUUUCCGUAUGGGGAUUGAUUCAAGGAAGAAAGCAACAAAAUUCAACUCCAAGUUUGCCACAAACCAGUGUAGGGGUUUGUACAAGAAAGAACACACUCACUCCAAUGAACAAAUCAAAGCCAAUUGAAUUACUACGUGAGCGAUUGAAGAACAACCCACUAAGUCAUGUUGUAGCUGAUGAUGGCAUUCUAGAAACUGACAAGUUUGAGUUUUGGGUAGAACAUGAUGAAAUUCUUCAAUUGUUGAACAAAAGAACACUUGAUGUUACCAUUCUAACCGUUUGGGAGAUGAAUCUACAUUCCAUUGCACGUGUGAAGAACAAAUGUUCUUUCCUAAACCCACAUAAGAUUCUUGGGGAAAGUUGCCAAGAAAACCCGGAAGCUGUCAUAAAUUACAUUGUUGAUGUGAUGCGGAUUCAGCAAGGAAAACAAUUUCUCAUUGCUCCAUAUCUGCAAAGGGCUUUUGCAAGGUAUGGGAAAUACACAUCAAAUCCAAUCAGUUGGACGCUCGACGAGUGCAACCAACAACCGGGGGACUGGGAAUGCGGCUAUUAUGUAAUGAAAUGGAUGAUGGAUUUUGUGAUGGUUGAACAACACGGAUUCUUGAGUAGAAUGGUUUUGAAAAAGAAAUCUCAUGAUUGGAAAAUAUGGAAGGAUCUUGAAGCUCUAUUCCGAAUGAUAAAAGAUUCAAAAGCCAUGGAGGUUGACAACGAGCAUCGUAACAUUAAAGCUUAA